AUUUCCUUCUCGUCCGCAUCGAUCCGAUUCCUCUCCGCUCUCGUCUCCACUCUCUCUCUCUCUCUCACUCAUCACCAUGGGGGUGUUCACGGUGACACGAAAAGAAACCACCCCUUUCGACGGACAAAAGCCCGGCACUUCCGGACUCAGGAAGAAGGUGACAGUUUUUAAGCAGCCACAUUACCUUCACAACUUUGUUCAAUCGACUUUUAAUGCCCUUCCUGCAGAUAAAGUCAAGGGGGCUACUAUUGUUGUUUCAGGGGAUGGCCGUUAUUUCUCAAAGGAUGCUGUUCAGAUCAUUGCUAAGAUGGCUGCUGCAAAUGGAGUUAGACGUGUUUGGAUUGGAAAAGAUAGUCUUCUCUCAACACCAGCAGUUUCUGCAGUCAUACGUGAAAGAGUUGGUGCUGAUGGAUCAAAGGCCACUGGAGCUUUUAUCUUGACCGCAAGUCACAACCCAGGAGGUCCACAUGAGGAUUUUGGAAUAAAGUACAACAUGGAAAAUGGUGGGCCUGCUCCUGAAGCUAUCACUGACAAGAUCUAUGCCAAUACUACAACAAUAAAGGAAUAUUUCAUUGCAGAAGAUCUUCCUGAUAUUGAUAUUUCUGUUACAAGUGUAAGCAGCUUCUCUGGACCUGAAGGUCCAUUUGAUGUGGAUGUCUUUGACUCCACCACUGACUAUGUUAAACUUAUGAAGUCCAUUUUUGACUUCCAGUCUAUUCAAAAGCUGCUUGUGAGUCCAAAGUUCACAUUCUGCUAUGAUGCACUCCAUGGUGUCGCUGGGAUUUAUGCAAAACGUAUUUUCAUUGAUGAACUUGGUGCAAAUGAAUCUUCACUUUUAAAUUGCACGCCUAAGGAAGACUUUGGAGGUGGGCAUCCAGAUCCUAACUUGACCUAUGCAAAAGAAUUGGUUGAAAGAAUGGGAUUGGGAAAAUCAAGCUCUAAAGAUGAACCACCUGAGUUUGGUGCAGCUGCUGAUGGUGAUGCUGAUAGAAACAUGGUCCUUGGUAAAAGGUUUUUUGUCACUCCAUCAGACUCUGUUGCUAUAAUUGCUGCCAAUGCAGUCGAUGCUAUACCAUACUUUACCUCUGGUUUGAAAGGGGUGGCCAGGAGUAUGCCUACAUCUGCUGCUCUUGAUGUAGUGGCACAGAAUCUGAAACUCAGAUUUUUUGAGGUACCUACUGGAUGGAAAUUUUUUGGCAACUUGAUGGAUGCUGGAAUGUGUUCAAUUUGUGGUGAAGAGAGCUUUGGGACAGGCUCUGAUCAUAUUCGUGAGAAGGAUGGAAUUUGGGCUGUUUUAGCUUGGCUUUCAAUUCUUGCUUUUAAAAACAAGGACAAUCUAGAUGGGAAAAAGCUGAUAACUGUUGAGGAUAUAGUUCGUGGGCAUUGGGCCACUUAUGGGCGUCACUAUUAUACUCGUUACGACUAUGAGAAUGUUGAUGCUGGAGGAGCUAAGGCACUUAUGGCACAUUUGGUGAACCUUCAAGCAUCACUUCCUAAUCUUAACAAGGUAAUAAAGGAGAUAAGAUCAGAUGUUUCAGAUGCUGCUCAAGCUGAUGAGUUUGAAUACAAAGAUCCUGUCGAUGGCUCCAUCUCAAAACAUCAAGGCAUCCGAUUCCUCUUUGCUGACGGUUCACGUCUGGUAUACCGGCUAUCAGGGACUGGUUCUGUGGGUGCUACUAUCCGAGUCUACAUCGAGCAGUACGAGAAUGAUUCAACAAAAACAGGAAGGGACUCUCAAGAAGCACUAUCUCCACUAGUAGAGGUGGCCAUUAAACUAUCAAAGAUGGAAGAAUUCACUGGGCGAUCUGCUCCUACCGUGAUAACAUAGAACAAGUGUAGUGGACCAAGCCACUAAUAACGCUCGAGUAUUUGGCGAUUUAUCUCUUCCUUUCUUUCUGCAACGACUGUUGUGUUCGGCGCUAGAAAGCAUGGCUUUCUAUAUGUUUUUUAAAUAAUUUUUGAGAGCUCAAUACCAAACUCGGUGCUCAUGGAAGAUACACAGCAACAUUCAUGAGGCACUCAUGGUAGUGACGAAAAGUCAAACCCCUUUAAUUAGUCCUUAUGUUCGAAACGUUUUUCA